UCGGUGUAAACAGGAAGAACCGACUGAAAACCAGGACAAAUCAACCAUAAAGAGAAGGAAAAUGAUCGGACGAAAACGAGCGAACGUCUUGUCUUUCCCUUUAUAGUAACCAACACAAAUACUGUCCUUCACCUCCUGGUGCUAAUCUCGAUUGCAUCUUGUGGAAGAAGUCUCUAACUUUCCGACAUUUGUGAUAGACUGGUUAAUGCCGUGCUGCUGCAGGCGGGGACCAUUUGUUUCCUGCUGGACUUGCUCUGCACAACUCUCCAUAUAAAACCCACCCAGUGCUCCCUUGACUAGUCUGAAUUUGGUGAUAUAUAUUUUUUUUGCAUCGAGGGAAAUCUCUUAACGAUGGUUCAGAAAGACAAGGCGCUGGAGACACCUCAAGUGGACGGUGAGCCGAGCCCCAGCCCAGUCUCCGGAGAGGCUUGUCAGGAGGCCCCCGGCCCGGUGGAGGAGUCCGGCAUCGGAGUCGAACCGACGGGUCACAGGAAAUUCAUCUGCGGAGUAGUGGAAGGCUUUUAUGGUCGACCAUGGACCAUGGAACAGAGGAAAGAGUUGUUCAGAAGGCAGCAGAAAUGGGGACUGAGUACAUACCUUUAUGCACCCAAGGAUGACUACAAACACAGAAUGUUCUGGAGAGAGCUGUACUCAGUGGAAGAAGCAGAGCAACUCAUGACUUUGAUUGGGGCUGCUAAGGAGUAUGGGACAGAGUUCAUCUACGCUAUUUCCCCUGGACUGGACAUCACCUUCUCCAACCAGAAAGAGGUUUCUGCACUCAAGAGGAAGCUCGAUCAGGUUUCUCACUUCGGCUGCAAGUCAUUUGCCUUACUUUUUGACGAUAUUGACCACAACAUGUGCCCUGCUGACAAAGAGGUGUUCAGCUCAUUUGCACACGCUCAGGUUUCCAUUACCAACGAAAUCUACCAGUACCUGGGAGAGCCUGAAACCUUUCUCUUCUGUCCCACAGAGUACUGUGGAACAUUCUGCUACCCAAAUGUCGCUCAGUCCCCCUACCUCCACACAGUAGGAGAGAAGCUACUGCCUGGCAUUGAAGUGCUAUGGACAGGCCCUAAGGUGGUGUCCAAAGACAUCUCAGUCGAAUCAAUUGAAGAGGUGUCAAAAAUCCUAAAAAGAGCCCCGGUGAUCUGGGACAACAUUCACGCCAAUGAUUAUGACCAGAAGAGGCUGUUCUUGGGUCCAUACAAGGGCCGCUCCACAGAGCUCAUCCCCAGACUGAAGGGAGUGCUCACCAACCCUAACUGCGAGUUUGAGUCCAACUUUGUAGCGAUCCACACUCUGGCCACCUGGUACAAGUCCAACAUGAAUGGGGUGCGCAAGGAUGUGGUCAUGACCGACGGGGAGGACAGCACAGUGUCCAUCCAGAUCAAGUUAGAGAACGAAGGCAGUGAUGAAGAACUGGAGACGGACAUUCUCUACAGCCCGCAGCUUGCUCUCAAACUGGCUCUCACAGAAUGGCUCGAAGAUUUUGUUGAGCCUCAUCAAUACAACAGCCGACAGGUGCCCCAGAGUGGUGCCAAAGGCACAGCCAUCGAUGUGUCAUCCAUGGCCGCUCCCUCUCUCUGCUCUUCUACAACAGUCACAACUGUGUUCCAGCAGCCCAUCAUGUCUCCAGCCAUGCCGCCUCUCUGUCUGGAUCCGCUCUUACACACCGUGGCAAAGAGACCUCUGGAGGAAGAGGAGGUGGAGGUGGAGGUGGAGAAGAAGGACUCAGAUGAGGAGCCCAUGGAGAUGGUGGUUGAGAAACUGGAUGAGCCGGAGCCAGAAGCAGAAGCGGACCCAGAGGAGAAGCAGGUUGAUCCUGUUUUAGCUGACAAGAUGGCCGAGGACCUGAAGCCCAUGGAUACAGACAAGGAGAGUCUCUCAGAGUCAAAAUCCCCUGAGGAGUCUAUCCAGGAGGACCUUGGCAGUGAUAUCGCCCCUAUGCAGACAGAUGAUCUGCUCAAACAGGAUUUGUUUGUGCCUGGGCCCGACGAGCAGCCCCUGUUCGAAGCAGAGCCCCUCACACUUGAGGACCUGAGCUUGCUGGCAGAGCUCUUCUACCUGCCUUAUGAACACGGGCCCAAGGCCGUGCAGAUGUUAAAGGAGUUCAACUGGCUGAGAGCCAACAGCAGCGUCGUCAGUAUCAACUGCAAGAGAAAGGAAACUGAAAAGGUAGCGGAAUGGCAAUCAAGGGCAGAGAAGUUCGAGGAUAUGUGCUGCUCCGUCAUGCAGAUGUUCACACGGCUGUCCAAUUCAGCCAACCGCACCAUCCUGUAUGACCUCUACCCGUACAUCUGGGACAUCAAGAGCAACAUUUCUAUGGUCAAGUCUUUUGUCCAGUGGCUAGGGUGUCGUAGUCAGUCCUCAGCACAGUUCCUUAGAGGAGACCAAGAACCCUGGGCCUUUAGGGGAGGUCUAGCAGGAGAGUUCCAGAGAUUGUUGCCAAUAGAUGGGGCAAACGAUCUUUUCUACCAACCUCCACCUUCAUUGCCAACCUCCAAAAUCUAUUCCAUAAGGCCGUACUAUCCCAAAGAUGAGACUGCGAUUUAUAAAAUCUGUAAAGAAAUGUACAGUGAAGGGAUGGAGGAAGUACCGGCCUCUGAUGAGGAAUCUGAUCUCAUAGGAGACAGGUUAGUAGGAGGUCUCCUCUCACUGAGCUCAGACUACGGGUUUGUGCUCGAGGACGAUGAAGGGAUCUGCGGUUAUGCUCUCGGUACUGUGGAUGUCCAGCCCUUCUUCAAGAAAUGCAAGUUGAACUGGAUUCCCUUCAUGCAAGAGAAAUACGUCAAACCUGACUGCGAGAAGGACCUCACAGACGCUGAGAAAAUGAUGCUGAGUUUCCACGAAGAGGAGGAGGGUCUCCCCGACUCUUUCCUCUCCAACUUCCCCUCUCUCAUCAAGGUCGACAUUCAUGCCAAGGUCACUGACCCCAGUGUGGCCAAAAGCAUGAUGGGAUGUCUGCUAUCUUCUCUUAAGGCCGACGGGUCCCUAGGUGCGUUCUGCCAGGUUCGUCAGACUGACAAGAGAAUGAUGGACUUUUAUAGUAAACUGGGAUGCUUUGAAGUGGCCAAAAUGGAGGGCUUUCCCAAAGACGUCAUCAUUAUGGGACGCAGCCUAUGAAGAAACAUCCUGCUUCAGUAACAGACGGACAGAGAGACAGCAAGUCAACGUGUCUUAAACAUGUUUGCUGCCUUCAUGAGAAAAAUCUUCCAUGAUGAUUUUAUACUACAUUACCAUCUGGGCUAGCCCCGGGAAAAACCUCUUUUUAGGAUUUGUGUACAGAAGCACAGCAGUCGCACACAGAUUCCCUGCGCUGCCAUUAGAUGUUGUGGCUCUGUUGGAUUCAGCAGAUACGAAGGUAAAAGGCCGAUGAGUGAUCUUUAAUCUAUGAUUGGAGCCAACAUGGAAGAGUGGCACUCCGGCAACGAUUGUGGAGUCCCACUACUCGUAUACCUCCAGGAGGCAGGAAGUGAAAACUCCAUAAGCCUUUUUCUGAUUUAAUCCAGUAGUCAUUACAUGGAUAUCGCCCACAUGCCCUAAUGCAAAGUGUCUGUAUCUGAAAUGGAGGCCGAGCAGUAAAAUGAGGGUGGCCUGUAUCUCAGGUAGUUUCUUACUACCCCUACAUCCUGCUUUCCCAGCUUUGACAGAGAGAAAUAAGGCAGCCGCUGACAUAAGUAGGACACCUUUAUACAGGAUGUGAGGAGCAGUGUGAGAGUUUGCCUUUCAUCACCACAUCAUGGACUUUUUCCAGCUGCUCCACAAUGGACCUGGAGAAAGAGGCCUUUUAAGUGGCUUGUUUCUACUAAGCCUGCACACAUGAAGGGUGGACAAUUUGAAAAUUGUAGGAGUGGAACCCUCAAUAAAAGAUUGUCAUAGACCAGCAAGAGGAAAGUAUUUGUUGAGAUUGUUAAAGACUCAGCCAGGAAGUCCUCUGAAUUUUUGUUAAAGUAGUAGUAGACAUUUGGAAAACAAUAGAAACGCUUCCACAGGUUUACAAACAUCAGCCUAUUUCUGUUCAGCGCUUUGCUUGUGGCCAUUUUUCUUCUUUGUAAAUCAGCUUAUUUUGCUUAUUUCCCUUUCGAGAUAUUGCCUUUUGGUUUAUUGCCUUUGGAUUUUAAGUUUAUUUUGCAGACCCCAGUGUCUUUUUGUUUUAAAAGGCUUUCUAAGACGUGUCAGUCAGAUAUAGCUAGAGUCGGGUGAUUGGCCCCGUUGCAACUCAAAUUCCAGAGAUGUGUCCUGACAUUGACAGUCACAUGUCUUAGUUUUGCCCUAACAGAUCUCAAACUCCAGCACAGAAAUCCUUCAGUAAACCUAAGCUGACUGGCAUGGAAAUCACUAUCAGUGAGCGUUCAGACCGUCUAUUUAAGUUAUGUCAAAUUAAUUUAAGUAGUAACUUAAAGUUUACAUAGUGACUGUUUAUGAUAAACUAAAAUCAACAUGUUCUGAUAGCAGGACCUGUGGGACCAAAAUCUUGAUAUUCGGAUCUGCUAUUAAGAAGAGAAAUGUAAUAUUUGACUCACACACAUUUACAUUGGAAUGCAUUGGUUAAAAUAAGUAAGAAUCUUUAAGACUUGGAAGCAUUAACCCUCCCACUGUCAUAAAGCUGCUCAUUUUUUUUCUUAACCACUAAAUCCAAACCUCACUUCUAAAGCAGCAGAUGAUCUUAACUAUGUUCAAGAGAUGUGCUGGGCUAAAAAAAUAAUAUUUUCUGCUUUCUAUUGGUAACAUAAAAUAAUCAAAUCACAUCUAUCAGCUUGCAUCCCUCCCUGCAUUGUUUCAACAUGGCAUCCUCUCAAAUUAAUGUCUUCUCAGUUGGGCCUUGGUUAGCACUCUUAGUAUCCUGUCAACAAAGUGUCUCUCACACUGUUGGGGUGUAGUUGUGGGACAUGAAGCAGAAAUUCUUAAACCUUUUCCUAUCUGUCCACUGAAUGUUUUAUAUUCUGACGCAUUUCCCAUUUGUUUUUGUAAAUCUUAUGUAGCUGAUUAAAAUUAAGCACUUGGACUAUAGAUGGGCGUGUUCCGCUGGUUACGUGAGGAUCAUCAGUUGCUUUUCAGUAGCUACCUGCCAAUGUGAUGUUUUGAUACUGUGUACAUUCAUAAUGUGCAUGAGGUGUAUUGGAUUUGCCGUGGCGGUCAUUAGAAUAACCUCAUCUCAUGCUACAUAGAGGAAGAAGCAUGCCACUCACCUCUAUGAGCAUGAUACUGUAGAUCGUAGACAGUCAAUCAUAAAGUGUUAUUAUUUUGUAUAUCUUUAUUGAAAUUGUGGCAAGCUUUCUGUUAAAGUGCUGGCCUAGUUACAAAUGUCCUGUCUUGUACAGCUAUCCAAUUUACUGUGUUUCAGCAAGGUGUGAAACACACCAACAGGUCUGCUGUCAGUCUUCUGAAAUGACAGCAGACUCUUCACUCUUGUUUUAAAAUGUUCAUGUUGCAGUUGGUCGAGGCUCAAGCUUUCUCAUCUGCCAACCGGUCUUAACGGAAAUGAGCUGUUAGGGCUCCAAUUGUUCAUUUUGAAUAUCUGAGUUAUGGUUAUGGGGGGAGGGGUCAUAAAAGUGACACUUUACCAAUGUAAAAUUUGUAUGUAAGAUACAUAAGAUUCAAAACUAAUAAACAAUGAUAUGUUC